AUCCUUCAAGAUUCGUGCUGGUUAUGCAGGCCAUCUGGUGUGAACCCAUUUUGUCCCCCUAUAGAAAGGCACCGCAUCUGGUGCAAACCAUGGUUGGCAACCUUGGAAACUCUUAAUCAACACGACAGGCUCAUCCGAUGGCUAGGAACAAAGGUGAAUUACUUUUACACUUAACCGCCCGCACUCAUCCGAUGCUAACCUCAUUUUUUACAAAUCCCCCCUCGUCACUUCGUGUGGCCGCCGCCCUCCGCCUCGCCGCUCCCUGCGUGCCUGGCCGCGAACGCGUCCCCGCCCAGCCAGCUCGACGCCGUCGCUGGCCCGCCGAGCUGCGCCUCCCGCCGUCGCCGCUCGCCGCCGCGUCCUCGUGCCCUCCCAGCCGGCUCGACGCCGUCACCGGCCCGCCGAGCUGCGCCUCUCGCCGUCGCCGCUCGCCGCCGCGGCCGCGCCCCCCCUGUGCGCCUCCACGACUCCAUCCAGCCAUGCGCCGCCAGCCGCUACAGGUCAGCGGCAACAGCAGGUUCGGACCGACGCCUCUGUUCUUGUUCUUGGAGGUUCGGACCGGCGGCAAGACCCUGUGCUCUUCCAGCGCUAACGAGCAGUGGACGGAUGUGCAGCUUCUGAUCCACACCCGUGCAGGGGCAGCGCUGGAACACAGGCACUACACAUUCCCUGGCCUGCCAUUCAAGAUUUCGUGGUCGAGGCGCCGUCGGCGCACGUCUCCUCCAACCGACGGAGCCCAUGGUCUCGGUGUCUCCUCCGGUAGAAGCGGAGUCCGCUGCAAUGGAUGUGAAGGGGGAGCGGUUGUUCAAAGGGCGGUCGCGGAGGUUGUGGUGGUCGCCGACGAGGUUUCAACGGAGACCUUCGCGGGGGAUGUUGAUGCAGCGCGAGGCCGUUCUCGCGGCGGGUGGCGAGGUGGCUAAUCCGAUCCUUGCCUGUCUGUUCCAGGAAUGAAGCUAGUGACAUCUGAACCACCAAGCAAGGGAGGCACACCGAUCCACACAGUGAGUCAGUAUAAUGUCAUAUCUCAGAACUGAUUAUUGUUUCACAUAUGUUUUAGAAACUAUUUUUAGGGGGGAAUGAAAUGCUUGAUAUGUGUAAAACAUUUUGCUGGUUUGUUUGUCCAGAUCUAUAAGUGCGUCAACAUAUACCCAAAUCCCAUUAUGAAACAUUUGCAUGGCAUGUACAUCAACAGCUCAAUGUCUCUUUGCUGGCUUUUUCGUGGCCAGGAUCAAUCAGAUUUGUGGUAAAAAAUGAGUGGUAGUUUUCAUUGAUAUAAUAUAACUAACGCUAAACUGUUGUGUCAAUUCUUAAUUGAAGUACUAUGUUAUUGAACACUGCGCUACUUAUACUGAAAUGCCAUGUUCAAUUUUUGCUCUGUUUGAUUCGGCAUUGUUUCAGGUUCUGGUAAAAAAAUCACCAAUAAUUUUGUGAUGUGCUCAGCUAGCUACACAGCCGAUGAUCUGGUGCCUUCAGUCUUUGACCCUGUUUGGUAGUAAUAUGUAUUCUAUGUACUUUUUUUAAUGAUGUAUUCAUUUGUGUAAUUUAAAUCACAAGUUCUCAUGCAAAAAUUCUAUUGCUUAGCCUCAGGAGGACACCAUGCUUGAUAGUGUUAGAUUGUUAUAAUAUAUAGCGCUUCCAAUAUUUGUAAGACAGCUUAUUUUUUAGGAUUCUAAGAUACUUUAAUUUUGUGUA